GUCCUUACUAGGGAACCGUAGGCAUUUGUCUCAUUCUCCACUACGACCUGUGGUUUGUGCUAUCUGACGUGAGAUAAACACCGGUGGAAAGCUAGCAGUCUGAACUAUGGAGCAGAUACAUGAUAUCCAGGUCGUUCCGUGCACCAACUCCAAUUAUCUGAAACCAUUCAGGGUGCACUAUAACCAGAAUGGGACAAAGAAAUCGUGGGACUUCAUGCGAACUCAUGACAGUGUUUCAGUGCUGAUCUUCAACACCACCUCACACUGCUUCAUCUUGGUCAAGCAGUUCCGCCCAGCCGUGUACAUGUGUGAGUGGGAGAGGACCAAGGAGCCAGCCGUGCAGGCAGCGGCGGGGGAGGAGGAUGUGGCUGCGGCUGCAGCCACUGCUAUCCCGGAGACUCCCAUCGGCGAGACUCCCCAGGAGGAGGCUGUUGCUACGGCUGGGGGCGUCAAGACCCACCAGCCCCCGGGCUCGGCGGGUAUGACCUACGAGCUGUGUGCAGGCCUGGUGGACAAGGCUGACCUGUCGCUGGAGGAGAUUGCCAAGCAGGAGGUGCUGGAGGAGUGUGGCUACGACGUGCCAGUCGCCAAGCUGCGGAGGAUCACCUCGUACAGCUCCGGCGUAGGUGUGACAGGAGCCAAGCAGACCAUGUUCUAUGCCGAGGUGUCGGACGAGAACCGGGUGGGCGAGGGCGGAGGCGUGCCUCAGGAGGGGGAGCUGAUCGAAGUGGUCAAAGUGCCCCUCCAUGAGGCCAUGACCUUUGCCUAUGACGAGAGCAUCCCCAAGACCAUGGGCGUCAUCUUCAGCUUCAUCUGGUUCCACAACAACAUGUCGCCCAAGUACAAGAUCUCCACCAACGUGUAACCCACCCAACCCCGUCCUUGCACUCUUGAGCCUGAGGUAGAAGUUGCAGUUAACAACAGAUCUGGGAUCAGAAGACCCUAACCCCAAGCCUAAUCUUUACUAUUAAGAGUAUGGAGAAAAAUACUUCAAUCUACUCCCAACACCUUGCCUCUGACCAUUUCCAUAUAAAAUGGCCCCGUGGCAACCAUUUUUGUCUUGUUACUAACUGUGUUCUUUUUUGUGGGUUUGUCAAAUUUUUGAUCUUAAUUACUUUUCCUUGCCAUAUUCACUUUUUGUUGUUUGUAACCUUUUCCUCACAGAGGUCACGAAGAUGGCGACAUCACUCUUGUUCAGAGCUGCUCGUCUGUAGUUGAUUUGAUCACAUUCCAGGAAUGCGAAAAUGUUGUUUCUUAUUCAGUGCCAGAGUUUAUCAUAUAUGACGGUCGUUGCUGAGUCUGUUAAAUUGCCACAGCUGUUCCAGGCACGCCUUGCUUACUUUCUCUAUGAUCUACACAGCCUCAAAGCCAGUGUUUCUCAUUCUUGUGUCUUGGGGGGGGGGGGCAUUUUUAUCCCAGCCAAGCACUAAAACUCCUAAUUUAACAAAUUAAUGAGUUGAGUAACUGCUGGGCUAGAAAAUAAAAUAUGGGUCCCCUCACGUCCAUGACUGGGAGACACUUCUCUAAGCAAUAGUUUGAUAUUUGGUUGUUUGAUCAUGUCUAGAAACAAAUCAACAUUUCAGUUUGCUUAGGCGUUUAGAUAUGUUGUAAGCAUUGCAUUGAAUCCAGGGCUGUUACUACAGUAGUGUGUGCUCUGAGGUCACAAGAUAUUGUACUUUUGAUAGAGGCUUCUUUUAACUACCACAGGAAUAUCACCUACCUCUACACUGAUAAGCUUUAUUUCAGUUACUAAUGUCACAAUAACAGUACCACAACACUCCGUAUCACAAUACUCAGAGGUAUUGUAAAAUCGUGAUACUACAAUACUCAUCACGAUAAUGCGAUAAUUCUGAGUAUCGUGAUACUGCGCAUUGUGAUAACACUAGUAAACACCAUAUGAUUAAUUGUGAUAUUGUGAGAACCUUCUGGUGGACAAUUGCUCUCACACUUAUACAUGUGUGUUAACAGGAAGGCUUCACCGAUACUGGCUGAGAACAACAGCGUUUUUAUAUGUCUCAGACAGUGUUUUGUUUUUUCCUAAUGAAGGAAAGUGAUGUCGAGCCCCUAUGAGCCUCCGUAGAAUGGAGCAGGGUCAAUGGGAGUUUUGUUUUGGGAAAUUGAAAACCUAGCUUGUAACAUGUCGGAGUAAUUUUAGCAUGCUACUUAACCCAGCUAUCUGGGAUAGCACCUUGAGCCCAUAGUGCUGUUUUGUGAUCCUUUUUGUUUUUUAACCUGGGGGGGAAAGUUUGGUUGAUACCUGCACUGUGUGGGGCUCGAAGGAUAAUGGUUGCUCUUUUUAACUUGGGCCAUGUCUCUCAGCUUCACAACAGUUUAAUCCUCCCUUUCCCCCAUGGCUGUUUUGGCCAGACCACUUCAAGACACCCAGAUUUCCACAGAAAUCAACAACAGCAGCUAUUCAAGUCUAUAGUGGUUUGAAACUAGGGUUGCAAAACGUUCCCAGGUUUUUCAGUAAACCCGGAUGGAGGAUUCCAUCCUCAAUUAUUCCCUCCAGUUUUACUAGAAUUCUUUCAAGCGGAAUUUCUGAAAAACCUAGGAAAUUGGGGAAAGGUUCCGGAAUUGUGCAACCCUAUUUGGGAAAGAAAGAGCUUAAGACAACAAUCACAAAAUCACUUGCUUAACGUCUUAGGUCAAACCGUUUUCCCCUUCUCGAUGAGGUGACAUUCAGGGAUCCCCAUUCUGCACCUUUUAGCCAUAGGCUUUUUAACCCUUGGGUAUUGUGCUGAUGACAUAUGUCGUAACAUUUCUAUGUAGUUUGCCAAUAUCACAAACUGUCAAAAUCCUAAAUUGUUAAUUGACAAAUCUUCUCAAGAAAAAACUUUUUUUUGGUAACAUAUUAAUGCGUGGAUUCAUGGCCCCUUUCGCUAAAACUUGGUAAAGAUCAGUGGUAAUAUACUGAACA